AUGACCCAAUUCCUUUCAGAAGUCGCUCAGGCUGAAAGUCAACCGGUUGAAAAGGAGAGUCAUCCAACAGCAUAUAGCCAGUAUUGCCGACGAACAAACAAACGUGUGGCCGUGUUGCUGGGUAACUAUCAUGAGGAGUAUCAGAAUUUGGCGGACGAAUUGCCCGAAAUUGUCUUUGGUCAGGUCGAGCCCAAUCUAAGGGAACAUCCCAUGAUUAAGGGCAAAUUUUGUCUGGUCCGGGACAGCGAGAGUGAACGGGAUCAUUUGGGAGCACAGAACGAGCACCAUGAUAAUCGUCAUGAGAACUCGCUGGGUCAGUUACCAAUACUCGGUCUGACUCAGCCUUCGAUGUACAGUUUGAGGCGAAUCGUCAAGAAAUGCGCCUCAGAAAACCCGUACUGGAUCGUUAUGAACGUACGCAGCGAUCCGUGUCUAUUCUCGUUCGUGAACGAUGAUUGGCACGCGUAUGGAUUGCGGCAUUAUAAAGAGAUACAGGUACCUUUGCGUGAUUCGUUCAAAUCCGGUUUGGAUAUGGAUGCAGAUGAGAUAUCCGCGCGAGAAGAGAUCCUGCAGGACUUGAAGGCCUUGCGAGAAGAAGAUUUCUAUUUCUACGAUGACAUUACGUUCUUUGAGGAUCAACCACGAACCCAUUUGGCCAAUCAACCAGAUUAUUUGCUGGUCAGCGAAGAAGUGUACAACAGCGCAAUCUCAAACGUACCUGGAAUGCGCUACAUUCGCUUGAACUUCGCCCCGCAUCGUUUUCCACUGGAGGAGGAAAUUGAUCGGUUGAUCGUCAUUCUUCGGGAGCUGUGCAACGAAAUCCUCCCGCGAAUGCAAUUCAAAAAUGUGGACGCAACCGAGGUGGGUGAAAAUCUGAUUGGAAUGAUAGUAACUAGCCGCAAAAUCCACGACGGAACUAUCCAGCUAGGCAUGUCUAUUGCCUAUCUGAUUAUCCGUGCCUUACACUCCCUGGUUGUGUCCAUCAAUCCGUCCUCACCGGUGGUAAACAUGUUCAAUCAACGUCCUCGCCAGUCCAAUGAUAGUCCCAAGCGCGACAAGAAUGCCUCGAAAACCGGUGACAAUGAUCCGGGGCAGAUUCGACCGGGUUACAAAAAACGAAGUCAAUGUCAACUGUUGACCACGCAACACCAAAGGUUAAAAGCGGGGAAAUUUCAAUUUCUUCGUCAUGUGGGCAGAUAUCUUCCAUUCAUGGUGCAGAUUAAAGAAGAGGUUGACAAAGCGAUCGACGAUUGCAGUGAGGUAAUCAACCUUCGCGAGGAGAUCCUGGAGACUGUAUUGGAAUUGGAAGCGACGCUGUUUUCCUAUGAUAUGGGUCUUCCAAUGCGGUUCAGUUUGAGCUUCACCGACUGGAUGAGGCGUCAUCCGAAGCUCUAUCAUGUGUUGCAACAUUUGAAUCUGUCCGAAUGGUACGCCUCGCCUGAUUUGUUGAAAGGUGGUCAGAGAAUACUGCUAUUAGACAGUUCCCCUAAUAUUGACGAUCUAUGUACCUAUCGUGAGACGGGACUGGCGAACUUUCGACAACUGGUCGGUUGGCCGAUAUACGGUGCAUCUCAACCGUCCGGCACAUCUGUCAGUCGAGUACAGGCCAUGAUGACCAAAGCGUAUUGGGGCGUGGCGCUUGAGAAUAUGCGUGUGGAUGAGAAGCUGGCGAAUGCGGCAAACGAGGAAUCGNGGACACCCGUAUCGAUGCCGACAGUGAUUUGGGUCAGCCUGAGAGACGAAUAUGUGUAUGACCGUGCGGGAGAAACUGGCACGUGGCGUUCAAAAGACGACUAUACCACACCCGUCUUAAUGACCGGAAUCAGUGGAAUGGAAUUGGAGGAGUUAGAAGACAAAUUCGUCCAAUCUCUGAACAGUAUGGGAACUUCGUACACAACUUAUAAAGUGGACAUUGACACAAAUCAGUUGACUCAGACAGACAAAGCUUUGGACGGAGAAUUCACCAGCUCAAAGCAGAUGUUCAAGCGGGCGUUUGAGAACACAUCAUCGGCUAUUGGUGGUCCAUUGCUCGAAAGUCAGUCCGCCAACAUCCCGGAUUCCUAUGUGGACUAUGUGAAGAAGCAUGCAGAAUACCAUCGGAUCCCUAUUCCUCCCUACGGUCCACCACCAGCUGCUAUUCUGCGUCUUGUGGUUAACAAUGCGCGAGGUUUAAUGACAAGUGCAAUCACUGUACAAUCCCUAGUGGACGCCUCGGUCGGUGUGGUUCGCCGUCACUCAUGUCACCGUUCACCCGGGGGCUCGACGGACGGCGCAAAAGAGUGGCAUUUGCCAAACUCAAACGAGACCACGGUUGACCGGAUCGGGUCUACGAACAUUGUGUUCUUCUGUGAGUCUGGAAAAGAGCGAACUAGUUUGGGAAUGUCCAUUGCUGGUCUUGUUUACUGUCAUAUUGUGGGCUUCGCUUUUGGCUACCGUGUGAACGAAGAGGAACGAAUUUCACUACGUGGAGCUAAAUAUACCAAAGGGGAUUUUGAGAUCAUUCAACGUCUCAUCCGAAUGAUACCGCAUGGACAUCAAGUGAAACGCGAGGUCGAUUACGUGCUAGAUCGUUGUUUUGAUUCCAUGUCCAUGAUGCACUUCCAUGUGCGCGAACAGAUUUAUUUCACUUAUGUCAAAUUUCAAGAGGAGAAGGAUCCCAUAAAAAAGGACGAAUUAAAACGACAGAGUUUGGCAUUUCUUGAGGCUUACUUUUAUCUAAUAUUAUUCAAUGUCUAUCUGCAUGAAUGUGAAUCAACGCGAUGGAAGAGUCUAUUUGAAACUUGGCUGGAACAGUUCACCACUCGAUGCGAUUAUAUGGCCCUGUUGGACAAUCUUGGAUUUCCCGAAUUCGAGAGACCGGAUAAUUUGCGGCGUAUACGGGAACGCUGGCGCCCGCAUAGCACAACUGUUUCCGAAACGAUUGGUGUUAUGUAA